CUCAUCUCCAAAUUUCGCCCGUAUUUCAUCCCGCCAUCUCGCCCACAUCGGCGCUCUCUGAUGCCACGCGAGCAUCUACAUCCAACAUGGCCGACGUCGUGGUGAACGGGCAUACCGGCCUGGAUGCGGUAGAGACCCGGCGCAGCCUGCUCUCCAACUCCACCAAACGACGCACGGCAGAGCUUCAUUCCCUCCACCAGAGGCUCGCAGAAGGUGCCCUCCAACAUGACAUUCCUUUGAUUCUCGACCUUCUCUCCGCCACUUAUCCUUUCUUCGUCGAUUCCAAUUCCCGGCAAGCCGUCGAGAAAUGUCUGGCUGCCAUUGCCUCGCAGCCAGCAGCGGAGCACACCUUCUCCCCAUUCGUCGAUGACCUCCUGCACGAGUCAAACAAGAUCGCCGUCGCUCCCGCCAAUGCCUUUGUCCUCGUCCGAUGGGCUUCUCUCCUCCUUCAGCACUGUGCGUUGCGAAAAGAGCUAUGGGAUUUACAAGGCAUCAAGCUGCUGAACAUCUUGACGAAUUCGUUGAACACACUCUUCUCAUCCGAGGCGAAGGAGAGUACUCGCGCCACCGCUUUGCGCGUAAGUCGACGGGCGAUACGAGCACUUGCACGUGCGCAAUGGAGUCUGGAGGCUUUGGAAGCGUGCAUUGCGAGUCUCUGCACGAAGGCUAGUGGCCCCACGGCCAAAAAUGCCAUUACCCUGGGGAUCAUUGCUGGAGUCUGCUAUAGAGUUGCUGGGCCAUCGCACGAUCUCAUUGCGUCAAAGAAACCCGACUAUAUUGCCUUCUACCUGAGAGAACUCCUCGGAUCUCGAGUGCAGCUGCCGGAAUCCAUUGGAAACGCGCUGUCGGACUUCUUCAACAGCUACGUAAUGCUGGACGAUCUCAAGACAGACAUAGUACCCGCAGUGGAGAAGGCGUUGUUACGAGCGCCGGAAAUUGUCCUGAAUGACCUGGUUGCUCCGAUCAUCUCUUCUUUGCCCGAAGCUUUCGAUCUCUCCGACAUUCUCGUCGCCAAUCUGCUGAAACCUUUGCUCUCAAACAUCAAGUCGACAAAUGCGCAAAUCCGUAGCGGAGCUUUGCGCACGUUCGAGACCAUCGCUGCCCGGUCCCAUGAAGAUUCCCUCGUGGCGAAAGCCUGCGAUGAAAUCCUCAAUCCUCUGAAGUCCAACAAGGUGGCUUCCGCGGAUCAGAGGGUCAUUCACGCACAGAUGCUCUCUAAACUCCACCUAUCAGUCGAUGUGGCCGCGAGGAUACUCCAAGGACUCACGCCCGUUGCUAUGAAAGAGGCCAAUGAGACUGCCGUGUCCGCCGAAUUACGUGCAAUCGGCCUCUCGGCGAGUUUCGCAUUGGCGCAUAGCGUCAAGAUUGAAUCCGCCGUGAUUGAUGCUUUUACUAAAGGCCUUGCGGAGAAGCGCUUGCCGAUGCGUCGUUUGUGGAGCUUAUGUUUUGCCGAUAUCGUAUGGUCGCUUGACGCAAACAGUCUUGAGGACGCAUCCGCAGCCGGCUUCGUCGAUGCGUCAAUCGGUAAAAUGAUUGACUCUUUCAAUGAAGUCGUUGCAAACCCCCUGCCGGCAGUGGCGAAUGGGCAGGUGGUGGUAGCAUUUGCGGUCACCGCAUUAUGUCUACAACGCCUCUCUGGUCUAUCCGGCCUCAAGAGCGCGUCAAUCCUGAAAAAGGCCAGCAUCGGGGACAAGGCUUUAGCAUUGGAGCCGAAGCCGUCAUUUCUCCUCAAUCUUCGCGUCUAUGCCCGAAUUACAGCCGAGGAGGAUCUGCAGUGGUGCCUUCGCUCUCUUGUUGCGUCUUAUCCUCUAUUAUCAGAGGAGCCUGCAGAAUCAGCUUCGGCCAUCGCAUGGUCGCAGGGUCUGAUCUAUCUAUGCGUCGCUAGCGCUGUCCCUGCCCCGAUCAGAAACGCAGCGGUGGCGGCUGUCAGGUCCCUGCAGCAAAGUGAUCAUUCUAAAGCAUCUAAAAUCUUCACUCAAGGCCUGUACCGAUGGUGCGAGGAUGUCGAGUUGGAGUCAAAGGAAAGCGCUGCCGUCGCGGCGAAGACUGGUCGAGAGGACCUGUACAAAGUGCUGCGAAGUGUAUGUCCGACAAGUCAAGACGCCACGCAUGACGCCACGCCUGCUUCUCGAGUUCUCCUCGAGGAACAAAUAACCCGUGUGCUCGUCUUGAGCAGGCCUCAAUUGGUUCCACGAACUUCCUGGAUCGAACUUUGCUUACGGACCGGACUUGAUCCGGGCAUCCUCGCCGCGAAGUCGUCCGAGCAGUGUCUUGUGCAGAUCUUGGCUGUCACCGAGAACCCUGUCUGGAAGGUCCUGCCCGCAUUCCAAAGCGCUGCCUUCAGUGCUGCCGCAGAACUGGCUUUUGUCGCUCCUGACGAGGUGACGCCCCUCAUUCUUGCCCAGAUCGAGCGAGAUCUGGAUCCUUCACAGCUGGACAACAUCGGGCCUACGGAGGCUGCGAUCUACAGGACACCAGAGGGAACCGCAUUUGUGGAUGUUUUAUCCCGGCAAGGGCAGACCCAACAGCUGACCAAAACCGCCAAAGACUACGAGACGCUCAAGUGGGAGGAAGAGCUCCGAGCACAGCUUGCUCAGAAGAAAGGGCAGGCGAAGAAAUUGACAGCCGACGAGCAGAGCAAAGUCAAUGCGCAGCUGGCGAAGGAGUCUGCGAUUCGGCUCAACGUGUCAGAAGUAGAUGCUCGCCUGCGUCGAGGCAUUGGCUUCAUCAGUGGACUGGCCACUGGCCCUCCUACGGAAGCCGAAGCAUGGUUUGGUCCGUCGGUCAAACGACUGUUUGACACUAUUCAGGCUGGCGCCGGCUUCAUCCUCGGAGAUGCGGCCGCACUUGCUUACCUGCAAUGCGCCGAUCGAACCUCUUCUCGCUUGGGUGCGAUGAGGCCGUUCAUUGGCGUUGCAACUCUUCGCGCAGCCGGCGUUACGAUAUUGCCCGAUAACCUCAUGGCCGAGCCACUCGGCGAUCUCGUCACUCGAGUUUUACACCGACUGCGAUUCAUGGGAGAACAGCGGCCUUUCGACGGGAUCACGCUCAGCUACAUCCUGCCACUGAUCUUCCUUGUACUUGAUCACGGCGGCAUCGACCGUUCCUCGGCCGACGAAGCGGACGAGCAGAUCAUCUUGGUGGUCGAAUUCUUGUCCUUUCACACUGAAGCCUUCAGCAAUCCGCGAUUGCCACGACAGCGGACACUGAGCACUUGCAUAGCCGCUAUGCAACGAUACACCCAACACUUCCGGCCUCUGAGAGAUUGUUUUACAGAAUUGUGCCGAUGCAUGGGCGCCAACAUCAUCGAGGCUGAGACCGAUAGUGCUGUCAAAGGAACGCUCGUUUCCGAUGGUGCUGUACGUGGUGCUGUGCUUCAAGCCAUCAGCGCCGAACUGGAGCUGGAAGACCGCAUAUUCUACGAAGAGAUCUGGCUGGCUUGUCACGACGACGUGAGUGAAAAUGUUGAGAUUGCGCAAGAAAUUUGGGAAGAGAACGAGCUCAAGGUCGAGCCCAAAUCGGUCUUGCUCUGCCUGCCCUACCUCAGAUCUCGGGAUGCCCAGUUGCGACGAGCGGCUGGUCGUGCCAUCGCUGCCUGUAUCAAGCAGCAUCCUGAUGAGUUCUCCGGCGUGCUAGCGAGGCUGGAAGAUACAUACGUCGAGGAUGCUAAGCUUCGGAAGCCCGAGCUCGACAGGUAUGGGAUGCCUGUCAAGAAGGAUCUCGCAGAUCCGUGGGAGUCAAGACACGGUGUGGGCCUGGCAUUCAAAUUCCUGGCACCUGUCUUUCCGUCCGACCAUCUUGUCGAGUUUUUGCGGUUCCUCAUCGAAAAAGGCCCAUUGGGCGAUCCAAAUGCGUCUGUCAGAGACAGCAUGCUUGAUGCUGCAACCACCAUUUCGUCCGUGCAAGGACAAAGUCAAGUCGAGGCGUUGAUGGCACUCUGCGAGACCACGCUGUCAAGUUCCACCAGCAGCUCGCAGUCGCAAGAUCUCGUCAACGAGGCUGUGGUGAUCGUCUACGGCGCGCUUGCCCAGCAUUUGCCCGUGGGUGAUGCACGCAUUCCGCUGGUCGUCCAACGGCUUCUCUCGACUCUCAGCACUCCUUCGGAAUCGGUGCAAUACGCCGUAGCCCAGUGUCUGCCGGCAUUGGUACGUGCAUCAAGCGAUCGGGCAAGUCAAUACCUCCAACAAACCAUCGACGAGACUCUUCAUGCCAAGAAGUAUGCUGCACGACGUGGAGCUGCUUAUGGAUUGGCUGGAAUUGUCAAAGGCCAGGGGAUUGCCAUUCUGAAAGAUAACAGGGUCGUCUCUACCCUGAGAACUGCCACAGAGAACAAGAAAGACCCAAACGAGCGACAAGGAGCUUUCCUGGCGUACGAGCUGUUGUCUCAUUUGCUCGGCCGCGUCUUUGAGCCCUAUGUGGUUCAGUUUGUCCCUCAACUGUUGGUAGGCUUCGGUGACGCGAGCACAGACGUACGAGAGUCGUGUCUCGAGGCGGCGAAGACUUGCUUCUCAUCGCUCAGCUCGUACGGCGUGAAGCAGGUCCUGCCAACGCUGCUCGAGGGUUUGCGAGAACAGCAAUGGCGGAGCAAGAAAGGCGCUUCAGACUCGCUCGGCGCCAUGGCGUACCUGGAUCCCGAACAACUUGCCGUGAGCUUACCAGACAUCAUUCCGCCCCUCACAGACGUUCUCAACGACAGCCACAAAGAAGUCAGAGCUUCGGCAAAUCGCAGUCUGCAGCGCUUCGGCGAUGUCAUUACCAAUCCCGAGGUUAAGGGCGAAGUCAACAUCCUUCUCAAGGCUCUGAGCGAUCCAACGAAGUACACCGACGAUGCUCUCGAUGCUCUGAUUAAAGUCAAUUUCGUGCACUACCUGGAUGCGCCAUCCCUGGCGCUUGUAGUGCGCGUGCUCGAACGUGGACUAGGCGAUAGGUCUGCGACCAAAAGGAAAGCCGCACAAAUCAUCGGAAGUCUCGCCCAUCUCACCGAGCGCCGGGAUCUCGUUACCCAUCUUCCGCCAUUGAUCGCCGGUCUUCGAGUCGCCAUUGUCGAUCCUGUUCCGACUACUCGUGCCACAGCUUCGAAAGCCCUCGGCUCAACGAUUGAGAAGCUGGGUGAGGAUGCUCUGCCAGACCUCAUCCCGAGCCUCAUGCAGACGCUCAAGUCCGACACUGGAGCGGGCGAUCGUCUUGGAUCGGCACAAGCGCUCAGCGAAGUGCUCGCAGGUCUCGGUACGACACGUUUGGAAGAGACGCUUCCGACUAUCCUCCAGAAUGUGUCGAGCUCGAAAGCUGCUGUCCGCGAAGGCUUCAUGUCGCUCUUCAUCUUUUUGCCUGCUUGCUUUGGUCAGAGCUUCGCCAACUACCUCUCUCGAAUUAUUCCUCCGAUCUUGGCGGGUCUUGCUGAUGAUAUUGAGUCUAUUCGCGAGACUGCAUUACGAGCUGGACGUCUUUUGGUCAAGAACUUCGCUGCUCGCUCUGUCGACUUGCUCUUGCCCGAGUUGGAGCGCGGGCUUGCAGACGACAGCUACCGUAUCCGUCUCAGUUCGGUGGAACUGGUGGGUGACCUCCUAUUCAAUCUGACGGGCAUCAGCGGCAAAGCCGAACAGGAGGAUGUGGAAGACAACGCGGUAGAAGCCGGCCAGUCCUUGCUCGAUGUAUUGGGAGAGGAGAAGAGGAACAAAGUGCUCUCCGCCCUUUACAUCUGUCGCUGCGAUACUUCUGGACUGGUCCGCACGGCCGCCAUCGCCAUCUGGAAGGCACUUGUUUCCACGCCUCGCACGCUUCGCGAGCUUGUUCCUACGCUCACUCAGUUGCUCAUUCGCCGGCUGGCGAGUUCCAAUAUGGAGCAGAAGGUGAUUGCGAGUAAUGCGCUGGGAGAACUCAUUCGGAAAGCGGGAGAGAACGUGUUCUCCACGCUGCUACCCACGCUCGAAGAAGGACUACGCACCUCAACGGACACGGAUGCUCGACAGGGCAUUUGCAUUGCUCUUCGCGAACUCAUUACGUCUGCUUCGCCAGACUCGCUUGAGGAGCACGACAAGACUCUUAUUUCCGUCGUGAGGACGGGCGUGGUUGAUCCUAAUGAUUCUGUGCGCGAGGCUGCUGCAGAAGCCUUUGACUCGCUGCAGAAAGCGCUCGGCAAGCGUGUUGUCGAUCAGGUUCUGCCACACUUGCUCACUUUGCUGCGUGAUGAAGACCAGGCGGAGAAUGCGCUAUCGGCUCUGCUGACGUUGCUGACCGAGACGACAAGAUCCAACAUCAUCCUGCCGAAUCUGCUCCCAACUCUCCUGACCGUGCCCGUCUCGGCUUUCAACGCGAGAGCGCUGGCCUCUUUGGCCGACGUCGCCGCGCCUGCCAUGACGAGACGACUUCCCAACAUCCUCAACGCGCUCAUGGAUAGUAUCAUUGCGUCCAAGGAUGAAAGCCUCAAGGCUGAGCUCAACACCUCGUUCGAUGCUAUCUUGCUCUCCGUCGACGAGUAUGACGGCUUGAACACGAUGAUGAGCGUGAUGCUCGCCAUGGUGAAGCACGACGACCAUCGCAAACGCGCCGUUGCCGACAUGCAUAUGGCCAAGUUUUUCGAGCGAGCCGAGAUCGACUACUCCAGGUAUUACCCCGACUUGAUCCGCGCGUUCCUGAUCGCGUUCGACGAUGGCGAUUCAGAGGUUGUGAAAGCAGCUUGGACGGCGCUGAGUGGUCUCACCUCACACUUGCGCAAGGAGGAGAUGGAGUCGCUUGUCGUUUCUACUCGACAGACGCUCAACCACGUCGGCGUUUCUGGCCACAAUUUACCGGGCUUCUCUCUGCCCAAGGGGAUCAACGCAGUCCUGCCCAUAUUCCUGCAAGGUCUCAUGAACGGCACGGCGGAGCAGCGAACACAGUCUGCCCUGGCCAUCUCGGAAAUCGUGGACAAGACAAGCGCGGAUGGCCUCCGGCCGUUCGUUACGCAGAUCACCGGUCCUCUCAUCCGUGUCGUGUCAGAGAGAUCGACGGAUCUCAAGUGCGCUAUCCUGCUCACUUUGAACAACAUGCUUGAGAAGAUCCCAACACUCCUGAAACCUUUCCUGCCGCAACUGCAGCGUACAUUCGCAAAGUCGCUCGCCGACCCCUCAAGCGAAAUUCUGCGUUCUCGCGCUGCUCGGGCGUUGGGCACACUCAUCACCAUGACGCCUCGCAUCGAUCCGCUCAUCGCGGAGCUAGUAACCGGAUGCAAGACCACCGAUUCGGGCGUGAAGAACGCGAUGCUAAAAGCCCUGUACGAAGUCGUGAGCAAAGCCGGCGCGAACAUGAACGACGCGUCGCGCACCUCCAUCCUCGCGCUCAUCGACUCGGACAGCGGCGCGAGCAACGACAACGACAGCCUCAACAUCACGCACGCCAAACUGCUCGGCGUGCUGAUCAAAGUGCUCAACGCCGAGAUUGCGGGCAGCCUCAUCAAAGCGCGCGUGCUGCCGCCUCAACCCACGCACCAAUCCAUCCUCGCGCUGAACGCAGUCCUGCUCGAAUCGCCUGACUCCCUCAUCCCGUCUUUCGCCGACGUUACAUCCGCGUCCAUCGUCCAAGGCAUCGCGAGCAAAGACCCCUUCAUCUCGGACAACAGCGUGCUCGCAGCAGGCAAACACCUCCUCCUCCCCAGCACAACACCCAACACUCCAGAAAGCACCCCCCUCCUCUCCGCCCUCGCAAGCGUCGUCCCGCCCAACGCCUCCGCAAUCGACACCCGCCGCCUCGCCCUCGUCGUCCUCCGCACCCUCAGCAGGGAAAACAACGCGCUCGUGCGCCCGCACCUCGCGGCCCUCAUCCCGCCCAUCUUCACCAGCGUCCGCGACCCCAUUAUCCCCAUCAAACUCGCUGCGGAAGCUGCGUUCCUCGCUGCUUUUGAUGUCGUCGAGGAGGACAGUGCGGUUUUCGAUGCGUUUAUGGCGAGUACGGAGAUGCCGGCUGCGACGAAACGCAGUAUGAGCGAGUACUUCAAGCGGGUUGUUGUGCGGUUGAGUGCACAAGCGAAGGAGAGGAAGGAAGCGCAAGGUGGAGGACGCGGACUGGGACUUGAUAGUGAUGAGGCGGAGGAUCUGAAGGAGGUGAUGGCGGUGGGCAAGGUGGAUUUGGGAGAAGGCGGUGGGUUUGGGGAUGAUUAGAGGAGAUGUGUGAGAGUCGGUAGGAGCUGUAGAGAUUUUGUUAUAUGAAU